CGCCCUUCACGAUGUACAUGUACUGUACCUCCGAGCGCGCCCCAGAGCAACGCGGGCGAAGGAUGGAUUUUUUUUUUCUCCUUCUGCUUCGACUUGUCAUGGGGCGAGGCGUCAUGGGGCACAUCGUGGGGCCGCGACUCGGCUCUCUCCCCGCGCAAUGGGCCAUCGACUGGUGUUUGUAUUCGAUAUCGGAGCCGGGGUUAACUGCUUCAUCCCACCUUCGGCGGUGUCCCCUCUCUCAAUUCCGUCCCCCUUCUCGUCCAACAAAUUCCGUUGAUUUGCUUUUCUCUUGAUCAUCCCAGCCUUGUUCUCCUUUCUCAUCCAAGGAUUGGCACUCUACAACACGCAUCAAGGUCCCCAAUUGACCCGGUCUGCAUCGUCCACUCACCAUCACCAUCCCCCAGACGCCCAUUACCUCACCUCACCAUAAUGUCGACUCAGAGUGUCACAGCUUCCGUCCUGCACGGCGAGAAGGAUCUCCGCCUGCAAGAGCGAGAGCUUCCCGCGCCCGCCAGCGAUGAGGUCCAAGUCGCCGUCCAGUCCACCGGCCUCUGUGGCUCCGACCUGCACUACUUCAACCACUUCCGCAACGGCGACAUCAUCGUCCGCGAGCCCUUGACCCUGGGCCACGAGUCCAGUGGCACCGUCGUCGCAGUCGGUUCUGCCGUCACCGACUUCGUUGCUGGUGACCGCGUCGCCCUCGAGGUCGGCCUCUCCUGCGAGGACUGCGAGUACUGCGCUGAGGGCCGUUACAACAUCUGCCGCGGCAUGAAGUUCCGUAGCUCCGCCAAGGCAAACCCCCAUGCCCAGGGAACGCUGCAAGAGAAGAUCAACCACCCUGCCCGGUGGUGCCACAAGCUCCCCGAUAACGUCUCCCUCGACCUGGGUGCCCUCGCCGAGCCUCUCUCCGUCGCCUGGCACGCCCGUGAUCGUGCUGCCCUCCCCGCUGGCUCCACCGUACUGGUCCUCGGUGCUGGUGCCGUUGGCCUGCUCGCCGCCGCUGUCAGCAAGGCCGACGGUGCCAAGACGGUCAUCAUUGCCGAUAUUCUCAAGGACCGCAUUGACUUUGCCGUGGCCAACGGCUUCGCCGACGCCAGUGUCUUGGUCCCCAUGGAGCGCCCCCAGACCAUCGAGGACAAGCUCGCCUACGCCCAGAAGGUGGCUGCCACCGUCCGCGAGACUGUGGUCCGAGGUGAAGCUGUCGGCGAAGUUACUGCCGUCUACGAGUGCACUGGUGUCGAGACAUGUGUGCAAACCGCCAUCUACGCCACCAAGCCUGGAGGCAAGGUUCUCAUCAUCGGCAUGGGCACACCCGUCCUCACCCUCCCCAUCUCCGCCGCCGCCCUGCGCGAGGUCGACCUCGUCGGCGUCUUCCGCUACGCAAACACAUACCGCAAGGUCCUUGACCUGCUAGCCGAUCGUCCCAAGGCCAUGCCUGAUCUGAGCACGCUAGUGACACAGCGCUUCAAGGGCAUGGAUCGCAUCGAGGAUGCCUUCAAGCUGGCCGGCAAGAUCAAGGAUGAACAGGGCAACCUGGUCAUUAAGGUAGUCGUCGACAUGUCGGGCAAGUCUCGAACUAGUGUAUUGUAGAUGUACCUGAUGAUGAGCAUUUCUUUACGGCACUUUAUUUAGAAAAAUGGCACGGGUGGGCGGGUUUGUGAAAUGAAUGAUGAGUCUAGGUAGUCUUGGGUAGCAACAUGAUUUUGGAUUACAA